CCCCUCUCUCUCUCUCUCUCUUCUGCCUUCUUCAUCAUCUUUGUGUCUUUCACUGCGGUGCAGGUAAUUAGAAGGAUCAAAGAAAAUGCACGCCGGGUACACAAGGAAGGCAGCUUCUCCAAGAGGAGAGGUGGGAGAGAUUGACACAACGGCUCCGUUCCAAUCCGUCAAAGCUGCUGUUAGUUUAUUUGGAGAAGUAGCCUUCCACAAGGACAGAUUUUCUAUCAAGAGAAGAUCUUCAGAGAAUGUGUUUGAGAAGGAGACACAGCUUGUCUUGGCACAAAAAGAGUUGAGCAAGAUAAAGAAGCAGCUGGACAAUGCCGAGACGGCGAAAGCGAAAGCGCUGUCCGACCUUGAGAAGGCAAGGAUGACACUCAAGAAUUUGACAAGAAAGCUGUCCAACAUGAGAGAAUCCAAGCAAUCGGUGAUCAAUGCUGCUCAGGCUGUGCAGAAUCAGGGAAAACAACUCGAGAAGUCGCUAAAGUCGCUGUCCGUUAAAGCCAUAGGAUUUGAGGCAUGGAAACGUGAAGUGGAAAAUGCAAGGAAGAAGUACACGGUAACCAUAAAUGAACUAGAUGCUUCUAAGCAAGACCUCACCAAGAUCAGGCAAGAUUUUGAUGCAGCUUUGGAGGCAAAGCUGGCAGCACUGCAGGCAGCAGUAGACGCUCAGCGUUCGGCAAAACUCAACUCCGAAAGGAUCAGCGAACUCUCGAGUGAAAUCGCAAACAUGAAGGUGAGAGCAUCAAUUGAGCAAAUGAAGCUUUCAUCUGAAGCAGCAGAACAAGAAGAACAGCAAUCAAAUGUCACAGGACAAAGAGAAGCCCAACUAGGCUUCUACAGAAGUGCUAAGGAAGGAGCAUUGGAAAAAUUGCAGGCCUUAAAAAGCCAGUAUGAUCCAGAGCUAGUGAAGAGUCUAGAUGCUAAACUUGCUGAAGCAAGUGCAGAGAUUGAGGCUCUUCACGAGCAGAUGAGAAAGAUCCAUGCUUCUGAGAUGGAAACUGUGAGAAUUGUAACUGCAGAGCUCAAAGAAGCAACAAAGACACUGCAGGACAUUGUUGCAGAAGAAAACUCCCUCAAGAACCUUGUGUAUACUCUGAGGCAAGAACUAAAACAUGUGAAGAAGGAGCAGGAUGAAGUGAGGGAGAAGGAACAGGCAGCGGCAGAUCUUGCUUCUUCCCUUGCUGAAGAACUGCAAGGGAGCAUGGCAAUGGCAAAGCCUAAGCCUGGUUCUGAGGAGGAGAAGGAAGCUGAAACCUAUUACGAGCAGAGUCUGCAAAUCCGGAAACUAAAAAAGGAGGCAGACGAAGCGAAGAGAGAAGCUGAAGAGAUGAGCAGAAAGGCUCAAGAGCUGAAGCAGGAGGCUAAAAAUUCCCGGGCAGUGUCUGAAGAGCAAGGGAUUAAGCUCCAAAUUGCUAUGAAGGAGGCUAAGGAAGCAAAAGCAUCAGAACAAAGAGCCCUUGUGGAGAUGGAGCAUCUCGCUGAAGUGCAAGCCAGAGUCACAAACUCGAAAACCGGUGCUAGGAUCAAAUUGUCAAAGAAUGAGUAUGAAACAAUGAAUGAAAAAAUCAAGAAGUGUGAAGAUUUGGUUCAUGAGAAAGAGGCAGCUGCCAAGGCCGAGUUACAAGCAAUUUGCAUGAGGAAGAAUGAAGUGGAGAUGAAGGUGCAAGCUAAUCUGAAAGCAAUUCAGGAGAUAAAGGCUGCAACAGAAAUGGCUUUGUGGCAUGCAGAGAUGGCGGAUUCUGCAAAGGAGGCAUUUGAGAAUGAACUAAUGAGGUGGCGCCAACAAAAGCAAAAAUCAGAUGUUUCCUCCAAGAUGAUGGAUUUCUCAGAGAGCUCUUCAAGAUCAGUGUCACUUAGCAUCUAGAAAGUGAAAUCCACCAACAGAUGCUUGUGAGAUUGAUUGACUCAUUCUUUCAUUCAUUCAUUAUAACAAAGGAACACUCCUUGCAGUGAAACACCACUCACUUUAUGUAUCAG